AUGUUGGCUACUGUUUCAUUGAGCAACGAGUGGUUUGGGGUGCUGAAAGCCACCGGAGAUGUUGCUGAAGAUCAAUCAAAUGCAGGAUAUUUCCAGCUAAUUGUUCUACCGCAGGAUGUCGCUAAAGGAAUAGGUGAGCCGGGUACCUCAGCAAGGACAAUGCCGAUAAGCUAUACUGCAGACGUCAAGCUUGUUUUGCCCAAGCCCGAUACCGUAGAUGGUUUAGUCAAUAAAAUCGAAAAAUAUGGGAGAACUUUGGCAAACGAUGAAUCAAAGUUUAAGAACAAUAUGGAACAGUGUAAGAAAAUAAUAGAAAUAUUCCACCACAUUCCACUCAGAAACAGACUAUUAUCAACUCUUCAUAACCUCAGGCAAGAAUGUCCACCUGGACCAUCAUAUUCUAUAUUAUCGGCGUGGGUACGUGACAUUAAAGAUGACUCUGAAGACAUAGAAAUGGGUGAAUAUGUCUCUGAGGAAGAAGAGACAUAUGUCAAAGAGGAACCACGAGAAAGUGCAAGUAGUAGAGUUUCAUUGAGUGCACUGCUAAAUCCAUGA